CAGCUUUGCUCACGCAUACUCCGGAUGGUGGUCCGAGAACCACCUUAAUUGUGAGCUAAUAAGCUUGACCGCUUUUACUCCAUUGCCUCAUGCCACUCGGCUUGUGCAAGCAGAAAAGACGCCUGAAACUUGAAUCACCCUACCACCUCAGCUGCCCGCACCCUCGAAACACAACCGCAGUCCUGACUCCUUCCUUUCCCCUCCUCUCAGACCAUCCCGAAGAGAACAAUAACAAAAGAAGGGGUUCAGGUCAUUGAACUUCCCCCGCCGGGGGCCAGACAAAAUCCAUAUACCUAGGUACCUAGGACUUUUCAAUAUGGGCUGGUAUUCCAUCCUACCGACCCAUCUCACCGUCUACGAAACAUGGAUCAUCCGCGCAUUUCUCCUCCUCUCCAUCCUCAACCUUUUACCCUGGGUCAUUGCCGUCAUCUACGAUAUUCUAUACUAUAUAAGUCGACAAAUAUGGCACGAAGUGCCUAUUUGGGGUGGACGUGCAAGAGGGCAGAGAAGACCGAGGGCACCGACUUUAAGAGGGAGGGAUCGAGGGAUGAGUUUUAGAGAUAUAGUUACUGGUGGUGGUGGAGGAAACAAUACUGGAGAUGAUAUUGGUCAAGAUGAUGAGGGUGAGGAUGACGGUUAUGACGAUGACUCUGCGCAAUUGCAAUCGCAAUCGGCAGGGACGACGACGACGAAGAAGAAGCAGAGUGAUGGCAGUGGAGUGAGGAAACGGACGACAAAAGACAAAGAUGAUGAGGAAGAACGGAAAUCAUGACGGUGAUACAACAUAUAUGAAUAAGCAUUUAUUACAUCUGGUACUGUUGAGUCAUGCUGCAUGCUGUCGAGUUCGAAUUGAGAACGACACACGAGUAUGAGACCAAGUCGAGAUGAAGGACAGGAAACAGGAAGACACGCCUCUUCUGCCAGCUAAGCAUGGUAUGAACAGAACACACCAAUACUUGUCUCGCCGGAGGCAUGCAAAAACAAAAGCACAAUCUCCAUCCAUUCAUGCGACGACAAGGAUCAUAUGCCAUGACAUGUCUUGCCGCUUCGGUACGGUAUGGGAUCUCAGAUAUCAUGUUUUGGACUCUUCGACCAUUAGCCAGUCUAUCCUGGUUUUCUUUGCAUGACUACCGAUGGUUAUGGUUAUGGUUAUGGUCAUGGUCAUGGUCAUGGUCAUGGUCAUGGUCAUGGUCGACUAUGUGCAUGCACUGUACAGCAGGGAUGAUUCGAGUCGGCUUGACGAAUAUCCGUGAUGCAUGUUCGAUGGAUCAUACUAAUGUAAUGAAUUCUCUCCUGUGUACCUGGUAUCUCUGUACACUUGGCACAAGCAGAAUGGGUAUCUGGUCUCUCUAUCUUCUCGUAAGAUGGAUGCUUAGGGAUAGCCCAAAAACCAAAUGACCUGCCAAUAAACCCGCGUUUCUCAGUCAUAAA